AUGUCCGAAGAUAAAGAUAUGAAAAAUAACAAUGCCGUCGACCUGCCCAUUUUCAGAAAUCUCGUGAAGACCACUAGUUCGAUUUCCGGACAACUCGCUAGACUUAGUAUUACAGCACCAUCUGAGAUUAUAAAAUGUAAUGUCAAGAGUCGAUCUCUUGCAAAUAGAGCAACUCACAAUCCGCUAUUGAUUAACAACUCAACCGAAGUGGUGCAAUACUCAGCUGAAGUGGUGCAAUAUCUCAACGAUCUUGGUGAUAAAACAUUCAAUCUAGGUCAAACUCUCGAAAGAAUGUAUCCUACAGGGGAAUUUGUUCUUAAAAAGCUUGGAAUGGAAUUAGGCUUUAUCAUUGACAAGAUUCAACCAAAUCAAGUUCUUACACGGAAAAAUGUGAUAUUCUUUGAGAGACGUUAUAGAAUGAUUUUAGACAUUAUUACCACUUUGCGAGAUCGAUUUGAAAAAGUUAUGAAGGAUCUUGAUGAAGUUUAUUACGUCUAUAGUGGAAGGAAAUAUCAACUAAAAAACGGAAUAAAGGAUGUAGAAGUUUUCUUUAGCCGCAAUUUUCCGAUAUUGGAUUCAUUAUAUGAUACGGAACGAAUAACACGUGAUCUUGCUUAUUUGAAACGGAUCAUGGGGAAAAUUCCUGACACUCGAAAUCAGAUUAGUUACCUUUUGUUUGAAUUUAAUCAACAUCGACAGGUGUUGAUUUGGUAUUGUGACGAAUGGCUUCAAUUACAAAGACGAAAGCUGGUUACCCUUGAGGAUAUUGAGGCUUUAAUGUUUAUGUCGAAUAGAUUAAGUAGGAUUGCUGAAAUUUUUAAAAGGAAAAUGGAUGAAAAUGUUGAUAUAGUAAUCCGUGUACCUGAUCAUAUUCAACCAUAG